AUGACCAGGGGGACGGGGUCGGGACCAGGGGGACGGGGUCGGGACCAGGGGGACGGGGUCGGGACCAGGGGGACGGGGUCGGGACCAGGGGGGCGGGGUCGGGACGAGGGGGACGGGGUCGGGACCAGGGGGACGGGGUCGGGACCAGGGGGGCGGGGUCGGACCAGGGGGACGGGGUCGGGACCAGGGGGACGGGGUCGGGACCAGGGGGACGGGGUCGGGACGAGGGUGACGGGGUCGGGACCAGGGGGACGGGGUCGGGACCAGGGGGACGGGGUCGGGACCAGGGGGACGGGGUCGGGACGAGGGGGACGGGGUCGGGACCAGGGGGACGGGGUCGGGACGAGGGUGACGGGGUCGGGACCAGGGGGACGGGGUCGGGACCAGGGGGACGGGGUCGGGACCAGGGGGACGGGGUCGGGACGAGGGGGACGGGGUCGGGACCAGGGGGACGGGGUCGGGACGAGGGUGACGGGGUCGGGACCAGGGGGACGGGGUCGGGACCAGGGGGACGGGGUCGGGACCAGGGAGCGUGUGAACUGA